AUGUGUGAUGCAUCCGACUACGCAGUCAGUACUGUUUUGGGCCAGCGGGUUGACAAGGUCCCUCGCACCAUUUCUUAUGCGAGUAAGACCCUCUCUGAUGCGCAAUUGAACUAUACCACGACAGAGAAGGAAUUACUUGAUGUGGUCUUUUCCCUUGACAAGUUCCGGUCCUACCUUUUAGGGUCAAAGGUCGUAGUAUACACUGAUCAUGCCACUUUGCGGCAUUUGCUUUCUAAGAAGGAGACCAAACCUAGGUUGAUUAGGUGGAUUCUGCGCCUCCAAGAGUUUGAUGUGGAGAUUCGAGACAAGAAAGGAUCUGAAAAUUCUGUAGCAGACCACUUAUCAAGGAUCCUAGUGGAUGCCUCUGGUGACACCUUGCCCCUUAAGGACUCAUUCCCCGAUGAGCAACUCUUUGAGGUGUCACAAGUGCGACCCCCAUGGUAUGCACACAUAGUCAACUACCUAGCCACAGGCGCGCUUCCCCCUCAUUGGUCCAAGCAUGAGAAGGACCAUUUUUUUGCGCAGGUGAUUAUGAGGUGCGUUCUUGAGACUGAGUACCAUAGCAUUCUCACCUUCUGUCAUUCACUUGAGUGCGGAAGGCAUUUUAGUGGGAAGAAGACGGCGGCGAAGGUCUUACAAAGCGGUUUUUAUUGGCCUACUCUGUUUAAGGAUGCAUAUGUGUUUUGCAAGGCAUGCCUUAAGUACCAGAAAAUCGGCAAUAUUUUGUACCGUGAUAUGAUGCCAUUGUCCUCCAUCCUUGUUGUGGAGAUGUUUAAUGUUUGGGGGAUAGACUUCAUGGGUCCGUUUCCAUGUUCGCAUGGGAACGCGUAUAUUUUUGUGGCAGUGGACUACGUGUCCAAGUGGGUGGAAACGACUAGUGGGCAGGUUGAAGCGUCAAAUAGGGAGAUUAAACGCAUACUUGAAAAGACGGUUAGGCCCGAUCGAAAAGAUUGGUCUUUAAGGCUCAAUGAUGCUUUAUGGGCCUACCGUACAGCUUAUAAGACCUCUAUUGGCAUGUCUCCUUACCGGUUAGUUUUUGGUAAGGUAUGUCAUUUGCCCAUUGAGUUGGAGCAUAGAGCUAUGUGGGCCAUUAAGAAGUUUAACUUCGAUAUGGCCGCUGCCUGGUUAAAUCGUAAGCUCCAGCUUGUUGAACUGGAAGAGUUGCGCAAUGAAGCAUAUGAGAGUGCACGAAUUUAUAAGGACAGGACUAAGGCAUUUCAUGAUAAAGACAUUGUUAGAAAGUCCUUUGAAGUUGGUCAAAAAGUGUGGCUUUUUAAUUCUAGACUUAAACUUUUUCCGGGUAAGUUGAGGUCACGGUGGGACGGUCCAUAUGUUGUCAUUCGUGUUUUCCCCCACGGAGCUGUAGAGAUUAAGGAUCCACGUGUUGGUAAUGUUUUCAAGAUCAAUGGCCAAUUGCUUAAACCUUACGUGGAAGGAAUUGGUGAUGGCGUGGUGGAUUGUGCCACAGUGGAGUCCAUUACUUUGAUGGACCCAAUUUAUAUAGAUUAG